AUGGGCCACGCGUUCACAUACACCACAUCCCUGGGUCUCAUUGGACUCAAAAGGAUUUUCAGCGAAAUUAUGUUUAAAGUAUACGAAGACAAUGAAUAUAUUUUCGUUAGGAAUCCCCUUAUUAUCGACGCUUUGUUCACAUUAAGUGGACUAUUGUUAUCGUACGGGGUUUUACGCAAAUUAGACAAAUCUGGCGGUCGUUUCAAUUACCCGAUGUUUAUAUUUCAACGAUGGCUCCGGUUUUUUAUCCUGAUGUUUGGCGCACUACUAUUUUUCUACAUAUUCCCGCUGACAGGUGACGGUCCCGUAUGGCAUAUAGGGGUCGGUUGGGUGACACCCGGCUGUCAGAACCCUAGAAAUCUGUUGAAAAUAGACGAUAUCAAAGAACAGUUAAUUAUUGCCAACUCUAAGGUACUUCACUUAAAGUGCAACCCACCCACAUGGUUCCUAUCAUCACUACUACAACUAACCCUUAUUGGCCCGUGUAUCCAGAUCAUAUACUUGGUACCACUUCACGCCCAAUAA